AUGAAGUUCAACCUCUUCCACAUCCUCGGCGAUGUCUCGCACACGUCGUCCAAGCUCAUCCUGAUAUGGGCCAUACACGCCAACAGCAGUUCUGAGGGUGUGUCGCUCAUCACACAGGCCCUCUAUGCCCUCGUCUUCUGCACCCGCUAUCUCGACAUCUUCACCUCGAGUGCCACCAAGGAUGCCGAGCACACGUGGAACUUUACUCUCAAGAUCUUCUACACCCUCUCGUCCUUCUACAUCAUCUUCCUGAUGACGAGCGUCUACGCCCGCACACGUGAGCGCGAGAAGGCCUGGAAGCUGGGCAUGUACUGCCUGCUUGGCGCUCUCGUCGUCGCCCCCGUAUGGUACCUCAUCUUCUCCAACUAUGUCAUCGGCCGCAACACCUUCAUGAAGCUCCUCUGGGUCUUCUCUGAGAUCCUCGAGUCCGUCUGCAUCAUCCCGCAGCUGCUCCUGCUCCGCCAAACCACGGUCCCCACCGUCAUCGAUUCCUUCUACCUCGUCACUCUCGGUACCUACCGCUUCCUGUACAUUCUAAACUGGAUCGUCCGUGGCGCCAACGAAUCUGGAUAUCGCGACCCCACAAGCUGGGUCUGGGGCACAAUUCAAACUGCGUUCAUGAUCGACUUCGCGUGGGUGUACUGGACACGCCAACGCGUCAAGUUGAGACAAGGUGGUGUCGUUGAUUCUGAAGAUCUGGGGAGGGGAUGGCUCGUAGGCAGGUUGGCAGGCAUGGGUAGGAAGAGCGCAGACAACUUUGACCACGACGAGGAGUCUGGGCAGCAGGCAAGGAACGAACAACCCACCAACAAAUGGGGUAGGCGGGGAAUCAGCGUCUCUGCAGAUGAGGGCGUCCUGGAUGCGCCAAAGCGCAACGGAGGCGUAGAUCGGGACUCCGAGACACAACCGCUGGCUGAUCCUGCUGCAUUCGAGGACGAUGAGAGUGACGAUGAUGCGUCCCCUGCCGCGGCUACGGGUUCGAGCGAGGCGGCUGCGCAUCAGAGCGGGGUAAGGAGAGAUGAGUGGGAUGAUGAUGUCGAUGUCGAUGAGGAUGCAAAGGCGCAUCAUGUGACUACGAUCUGA